AUGGCACACGUCGACACGCCAACUCGAACAGAACACGUCGCGAAGAGGAGACGAAUUAGUGGAAAGAAAAGGAUACCAUCACCUCUGACUUCACCGCCGACUUCAGCUUCUCCGUCUCCAACACUUGAAUCCAAUUCUUGUUCUCACUCUUGCUCUCAGCCUCCUCCCGACGUCUCGCCUUCCUCCUCCAACUCACAAACAGCGACUUUGCCAGAUCCUAUAUCAACACAUAUCAAAGGUGUAACAUCACGGAAUGUGGACACCAUCGUAUUUGGGAAGUAUGAGAUAGAGACAUGGUACUAUUCUCCGUAUCCGGACGAGUAUAGUAAUGUGAAAAAGUUAUAUGUAUGUGAGAAGUGUAUGAAGUAUAUGAAGGGAAAGGAAGUAUAUGGAAGACAUGAGAACAUAUGUGACAAGAAGUGUCCACCAGGAGAACAAAUAUACGAAAAAGGAUUAAACAAAAUAUUCGAAGUCGAUGGGAAGCUAAAUAAGCUGUAUUGUCAGAAUCUGUCUCUUUUGGCAAAAUUCUUUCUCGAUCAGAAGACAAUAUUCUUUGAUGUGGAGCCUUUCCUGUUCUACGUACUUACCGAGAAUGAUAAACAUAUCGAUCAUGUGGUUGCUUAUUUUUCCAAGAGAAGAGGAUACGGUCAAAUGUUAAUAGAACUUAGCUACGAAUUGUCAAAGAAGGAGGGAAGAGUUGGUACACCAGAGAGGCCCAUAUCGAAUUUAGGUCUGUGCGCAUAUAGAUCAUACUGGACACGGACUUUACUGAGUGUAUUGAAAGAAUUAAGAAUUAAUGUACGAAAGACGGAAGAACAGCAGAAUAAUACCAAAGACGUCAAAAGAACCGUUGGACUUGUGAAUGAAGAAAUCGUGGUCAGUAAAGUCAGCACAGAAGAUAAGGGUACGGUUUCAAGUAAUGACACCAAGGAGAGCGUACCGUCAGUGGAAGGUACAGAUCCGAGCAUUUCAGAUUCACUACCAUCGCUUUCACGGCAAUCUAUUCAUGAUCACGAUCUUCACAAUCAUGUACAAAUCUCAAUCAAUGACUUAUCGUCAAUAACCAGCAUUCGCCAGGACGAUGUCAUUCAUACUCUGAAAUCGCUAGGGUUUCUCAAAUAUUGGAGAUUACAACGUCUACCAUCCUCUCUUAAUGGGACUUGUCCUCCUUCGGCGGACGCUGCUGUUUCUCCUGCCCCACCUAACUCGCUCUCAUCUCCCACAAAGCCAAAGCCAGUCUCUCCGGUGUCUUCGACACCUCAAGAUUCCUUGAAAGGCGAUCCUCUGCCGAUGAUUGAUGAAUACGCGGAGAAGUUUGGUGUUAAAUUGGACAAUAGGAAAUUAGAUGUUGGGUGCUUUGUUUGGACUGGCGGAAGUAAUGCCAAAACUAAUGUUGUUGUUGCUGACGACAAAUUUGAAGGGGGGGAGGAGAAAAAAGGCGGACGAGAAUCAUAG